UGUUAUUAGUCUUCUCUCGACGGAGGUUUCGGUUCAGAUGAGCUCGAGGAUGCCAAGCCUUGGGCAACUAAAUCACAUGACCAGGAUAUCCUCACGAUGAAUCGUCGCAGAGCAAGCUCGUUUGACAUUGACAUCCGGAUUGCUAUCAUAUAUCGCAUGAUGGGUUCAUUGUUCUCAGAGGGCCCUUGAACAGCAAACUAAUAUAUCCUGUUGUUCUAUUCCUCCUCUUUGAGUCUCCCGGCGCCUUCGUUUGCGGAUCUGAAGCACUUGAGGAGCAUAGAUAAAUGGGCAAGCGCAAGAAGUCUAGCCGCAAGCCGGCAGCCCCCAGGAAGAAAGAGCCCCUCCCAACCACAUUUUCUUGUCUAUUCUGCAACCAUGAGAAUUGUGUGAUAGUGAAGCUGGAUAAGAAAUUGGGUCUCGGGAACCUGUCAUGUAAAAUAUGCGGCCAGCGAUUCCAGACCGGCAUCAACUAUCUCUCCGCUGCCGUCGAUGUUUAUUCUGACUGGGUGGAUGCCUGCGAUGCGGUUGCUAAGGACGCCGCCGCUGGCAAUGCUGUGGAGACUACUGCACGUGGAGCAAAUGAAGGAUCCUCAGGUCCGGUGAGACGCGAGGCUGAAAGAGAGGAACUCGAUCAGUCUGAAGUCGGCCUUGAUGACUACUGACCACGAAAAAUUGUUCGAUAAUCUCCUCGCUUCUUACCCAGUUUGAUAAAAGGCGUUUUAUGUGCAGUCCGGUACUGGUCAUUCUCAAUUGCAUUUGUGAUGGUUCGGCUUGCUUUAGCCUGAAACGUCAUGUUAUUGGAUGGAAAUGGGAUUCAGCAAAAACCGCGCAAUACAUACAUAUAUAUAUAUGUUUAUAUAUACACGACUGCGGAGUCUGGAUGCUUUCGCGGCUGUGAAAAUAAAAGAAUCCUAGCCAACCGGCUUUGCCCUCUCAGCUACCGCACAACGGACGUCCUCCCGCCCCCACUUGUCCAACCGAAUCGAUAGUCCGCGAGAACACGCGCUACAAUGAAAUGGUGUGGGAUUCCCCGGUGGGAUAACAAUUGGUUUGCCAGGAAUCAAGGGCCGUUUAUCAUAUCAUACGACUUUUAUAUAUAGUCGACUUUCUCCACUUCAUCUACAAUGUGUAGUAUCGGUCGCCGAAGUCACCGAGCCCAGGAAUGAUAUAUCUAUUUUUUGAAGUUAGAAAUAGCAGAAUGUCAAUAUACGCAGAAAUAGUCCGUUACUGACUUUUUCUCAUCAAGCCCUUGGUCGAUAAAUGCCGUGACUACUCGCAGUUUAGGGUACCUCUGAGCGAAGUCGGCAACCCCUGACGGGCUUGCUAUGAUGUUUAAAAAUAAGAUUCGAUCUUCAGGAACUCCCUUUGAUUUCAGUACAUCAACUGCCAUCGUUGCGGAGCCACCUAUUAAGUCAUUAGCAUGAUUUUUGAGUUUAAAAAAAAGAACAUAUAGAUGGUUCUCCCCACCAGUGGCAAACAUUGGGUCCAGGAGUAGCACCCAUCUGCUUGCUAUGUCAUUAGGGAGCUUCUCGUAGAAGAGCUUGGGUUGCCACGUAUCGUCGUCUCGCUGUAUCAAGAUCUUCCCGAUGCGGACGGAUCUACAGCAAUCGCGUAGGCCCUGCUCCAUAGCUUCUCCUGCCCUCAUGAUAGAUACACCACAUAUUUUCCCUUGGAAUUUGACUCCAAGAUAUGACCUGCCGACUGGAGUUGUUACUGACUGCUCAACCACGGGUAGGUGAUUUAAGCCUUCUUCCACCAACAAACGUAUGAUCCUGUUCGAGUAAAAUAUGAAAUCUGCUCUCUCCGUACGAGUGUCCCUUAUCAUACUUUUAUAGGUAUCGAAUUAGCCUUAUAGUCGAGGUAAAAUACCUAGAGUGCACACGGGGGAGUAAAAUUAACUUGCGUUAGGAGUGCAAUUAGCUGAGGAGUCUGUGGGAGGAUAUGGACAUUAUCGUAGUCGACAACCUGCGAGACUGUCGCUGUGGGCUUUUCCCCA